AUGGGCUUCAAACUGCUUACGCCUCCUCUCAAAGAGAGACCUCGCGCCCGAGUACGGUCAAGUUCAAAAUGGGCAGACUUUCUUGUCGUACUCCGCGGCAACUUCUCCCUCACGACGCUCCUCCUCUUCGGCGCCGUCGCACAGACCCUCAUCCUCCUCAUCGUCCCCUACUGGUGGGCCCUCAUCUUCAGCGCCUCCAUCCUCCUCUACCGCGGCGGCCACACCCUCCUCAUCACGCUCAAACUGCUCCCCAACCCCUACCUCGCGGGCUCGCACGCCGAAUGGGCCAGCGCCCAACUCCCCAACAAAGACGGCGUCUUCUCCUCCACCCCGGCCUCGGAGCAAGUCGCCGUCCUGCACCUGGGCUCCAAAUACAAUCACCCCUUGGGCAUCUUCGCGCCGCACGCCGCCGCCCUCAACGACCACGCCUCCAACAUGUACCGCGCCCUCGACGCCGCCUCCAAGGCCCACAGCGGCUACCUCGGCGGCCAGGGCUGGCUGUCCUACGACGACCAGGGCGCCGCCGAGUACACAUUCGUCAGCUACUGGCGCAGCAUCGACGCCAUCCACGCCUUUGCGUACUCGCCCAGCCACCGUGCGGGGUGGGAGUGGUGGAACAGCGUGCCCAAAGACGAUAUCCGGCAUUUGGGCAUCAAUCAUGAGAUCUUCCUCGCGAGGCCGGGCGAGUGGGAGACCAUCUACCUCAAUCAUCAGCCGACUAUGCUGGCGGGGACGCAUAGUUGGGUCAGGGGUGAUAAGGAGAUGGGCGGCCAGGUGGAGGAUAGUUGGGUCACGAAUGUGGUCGAGGCCAAGGGCCGGUUGAGGACUAGUGCAGGGAGACUGGGCUGGCAGAAAGAGGCGUUGAGUGAGAAGCAUCGCUAUGUGCCAUUGGCGGCGGCGGGGGAGGCGGAUGAUGGGAGGGAUGUUAGGAGGACGUAA